AUGAUGGAGAAUUCUCGACCUCCUCAAGCUCCUCAGCCCACGGAAAGCAAUCCUGAGAGAUGGGACGUUCGAAAUCUCCCUGAUAUGCCUGCAUGGAUCUCCACUGAUCCUUAUUUGACUUAUAUCCAGACAUUGUUUGCUAUCCGAUAUACAAUUGGAGAGCCCUGGCUUCUCUAUUAUGUCAUGUUUUUUAUUGGCGAGGAAAAUGAGCGACGCAAACCAGAAAUACAGAAGGAGAUAAACGACGAAAUCAAUGAAUAUGCAGAAGCAUGGGUCACAGAUCAUAGAGAUUUGGUCUUAAACUCUGCUGCGGGCAGCAUGUACAAGUAUUUCUGCCAGGAUGAGCCUGAGGAAGUUGCUCCGGAGCUAAAGUCAACGCUCGAAGCAGCUUUGGAGAAUUGUCGUUCCAUCACUUCGAGUGUCAGAGCUGUCUCAGGCAAUGGGACUCGUCAUAUACAGGCUGGAAACCAAGUCAAUCGACCAGCAAUUGCUCCUAUGAUAGGAAAAGCAGCAGGAGUAAAUCUUGCAUCGCAUGGUUGCAGGUCCAUGCAACCCCAAUCCAAGUCUAGCUUCUACACCAAUAGGACUGCUAGUAUGCCGUUGAAUCCAACAGCUCAAAACCAAUUGAAAUAUGCGAAUCGAGGUGAAGCUGCCGCGGGAAUGACACCGACUUAUCCUCAGCAACAACCACAAAAAUACGAUCGCUUCAUGAAGGAUCAGCGCAGUAUGGGCAACAAGAUUAAUGCUACGACUAGCUUGAAUGCUUCCCCAACUCGUUCCGAGAGCUACCAAAACGAGAAUGGGCUUCGCAACAAAUCUAGGCAUCGUGGAAAUUCGAUUGAGACUCAUCAAAAUAGAAGACAUCAAUGGACCGGGCCUCAUGGAACUCAGCCACAAAAGUUUAUGCAUCCAUCGCAGAACAAUCAACAACAAAACAUGUUCAAUAGCACGCGAGGAAGCCCUCCUCGAGCUGUUCAGCCCGAGCCUAUUUACUUCCAUAAUGAGCAUGCUCCUGUCCCUUUUACUGAUAAUUUCAACCGUCGCAUGGGCAAAGAUAAUUCGGUUGGUUCUCGUAUGGAGCUUCCUAAUGAUGUUCGAAAUCUCAAGAAUUUUGGAAAUUCUAAACUCAGUCAAUCACUUGCCGAGUUAGGUGAAAUGGAAGGAGAUCCAAAGCUCUAUAAAACAGACGACUUCUGUCUGUAUACUUAUGAAAAUUCUGCGUCAAGAGGCUCCUCUGGCCGCACUCUAUACAUGACGGGUGCAGACUUGAAGAUGUUUUACACUCAUGAGUUGAAAAGUUUAAUGUCCCAAGUCGGAAAAGUGGUGUCGAUCAAAUUUUUACUCAGGCCCAAUAACAAUGGUCCCAUUUUCAUAACAUUCGAUGCCGAUGUCUUAGCCAUGGCAAUUGAGAAAUUUGAUGGCUACAAGAUGCCAAAUGGGCGGAUACUUACAGCAGGAUAUCCACUUGAAAAUUCAAGAGAGCGAUCGGGCAGUAACUCCAGCUACCACAGUUACCAUGGAGAUAAUCAAAACCGCUAUAUAUUUAAUCCUGCGGCUGAAAGUCGAGCUUGGCCAAAAAAAAACUCCAUAUCCCAACAUCGACCCUCGAAAUCCCAGAGCGGUCAAAACCAAUUUCGUUAUCAGAAUGGCAAUCAUAUGACUCCAGGAAAUAUCUCUGAUCCCUUUCCAUAUACACCAGAUUCUCAAUCUAUCCCUCCCUAUCUUUUGACACAAGCACCAGUUCAACAAAUUCCAGGACAUGGACUAAGUGCAGCUUUUACGGAAGUUCUUCAACAUGAAAGAGGAGUAGGAGCAUAUUUCCAACAACAAAUACCCAGUGCAGUAUUGAACAACAGAACAAACACUGCCGGUACAGCCCCAUAUCGAUCAUAUAGUGGAGCCCAGGCAGACCGUCAUCGCAACGGCACAAGACCUGGAGCUGAUCACAACAUGGCAAAUUUGCCCAACCGCCCAGUCAACAAAAAAGAGAAUUCGCCAAUUGAAAAGAACUUUUCACAAUCUAGGCCUAGUGGAAAGGAUUCCACUAACAGUCCGGGUCGUCGACAGAAGAAGACAGUUGGCCAAGAUACGCCAGCCAAUACAACCCCGAUUGUAACUCCCGUCAGAUCGACUUUUCAAAUUCAAUUGGACGAUCAAAAUGCGUUGACCUCACCAAAAGCUUCAUCAAUCGAGGAACCGAUAAGCCCUACAACAGGUCAAUCGUUAACCACCGAGAUCAAAGUAGACACAAUGGCUGCAAUAAAAACAGGAAAUGUUGAACAAACACCGGUUGAGAUUCUCGAGUCAUCGGGCCCUGUCGACAGCUCCUUGCCAGAACCAUUGGGUGGGACAGUAGCUGCAAUGGAUUCGGAUUCAACGUCUCAAGGAAAGGCGAAGAAGUCCAAGAAAAAUAAGAAGCAAUUCAAAUCCAACAACAAGGCCGAGAUCGAUAAGGAAAACAACAUUAGCGUAUUCCCUGCCAUACUUUCGCCAACUGAAUCGACAAUUACAAAUCCAUCACUUGGCGGCGAAGACACACUGUUCAGUGGAGACUCCACCCGGAAACCAAGUGUCUCUUCGACUGAAUCUAUAUCUAACGAAGCCUCGAAAGACUCUAUUCUCCAACAAGCGACUCGAGAUGUAACCGAAAUUCCAAAAGACCGCGAACGAACAACUGGAAAAUCCAUAGACAAUGAAGUCAAAUCUGAAACCAUCUCGACUCCAAGUGUCACUACGGCUUCAAUUACUCCCAAUGCACCUCUUGCAAAGUCCAACCACAAGAAGUCAAAGACUCACGGUUCCUCCAAGGAUUUCAAGAAACAAUCUCAGUCGAAUUUUUCAGACAAUAAUAAAGUUUCUUUAACCACCAAUAAUGGACCUGCACGUAAGACGGAGCCCAAGGCAGUUAAACAACAAGGAAAGGUCUCUAAAGAUGGUGAUGCUGAAUCUUUGGGGCAACACGAACAACCAAAGACGGAUUUGAAGAACAAGAAGAAGCGAAGCUUGCCUGAGGUCAAUCAGGAGAAGGGAAAGCCUACAGUCUCAGUUGACCCUACAAACUCUUCUGAAUGGCCCCCUCUGACUCCUUCCAACUCUCCCCCUUCAAGUAUUGCAGAUGGAAAGCCACCACAAUUACCUACUCUACCAGCCUUGAAUCGCAGAACUAAGGAAGUAAUAUUACCGGCAUUGCCACUCAAGCCGCACCGACAAUCGGAUUAUACGCUAGGGAGCAAAGCUUGGCCGUUCGUAAGAAAAUGCAAACGAAAGGUCUCACCAGAAGUUAGCGGUGGAUGAUCAAGGUAGCAUUACUUUUGAUGGCAGGUCAUGUCAAAAUCUAUAUCUACUGAUAUUCACUCAUAAAGACACUAUCGAUAGACAGGGU